AUGGCUCUGUCUGUGGCGCUGUUACUGCUAAUGCUGUUGAACUUGAGCACUUCGACCGCCGGCGUCGCUUCUAGCGAUCAAGCACGAGAAGAGCAGCACGACGCUGCUUUGGGUCAUUACCCUUCUUAUUCUUCUCGGGCCUACGGCCGCCCGCCGCCGAAACAUAGCUGGUCACCGGCGCCGGCUCCUGCCCCUGGGCGGCCGGCGCAACCGCCUUCCCAUGACAUGGCGCCGUCGCCGCAGCAUGGAGAGCGGCCGGCGCUUCCGCCGUUUGGUGGCCAUCCGCCUCCGUUUCCGACGGGCUACUAUUGA